GGAUACGGGCAAUAGCGACACAUAAUUAAUCGUGUUGUGGGGUUUGGUUUUUGUUUUUGUUUUCUCCCCCUCACUUAUAAUGUUUUUGUUUUAUUUGUCCCCUUCGUUUCCUCCCUUCUUGCCAUCUUUUUAUUUGUUAUAGAGAGAGAGAGCUCCUCCCUCCGCGGUCGCUGUUUCGCCGUCGCCGUAGCGUUUUCCUGCCGCUUUGGUUGGAACGAGGGCGACGAUAGCCAUCGCCAUCAUCGAAUAGAGUACAAGACGAAGAAAACAAGAAGCGAAAGAGAGAUAGAGAUAAGGGAUACGGAAGGGGAAGAAGGUAUGAGCGAUUUGGUGGCCCGCACCGGUCGACAUCAGCAGCGAUACGAGGCCGGUUGUCGCCUAGUUUCCGGGUGUAUCCCAUUUAGAUACAGAAACUGUGAUGACACUUCUGAUGCCAAGCCUGAUCCUGAGAAGGAGGUUGAAGUACUUAUGAUAAAUUCACCUAGUGGACCAGGUCUUUUGUUUCCAAAGGGAGGAUGGGAAAAUGAUGAAACAGUUGAAGAGGCAGCUGUACGAGAAGCUCUGGAAGAAGCAGGAGUUCGUGGGGAUAUAGUAUCAUUCUUGGGAGACUAUAUCUUCAAAAGCAAAACUCUUCAAGAUGAAUUCAGCCCAGAAGGUUUGUGCAAAGCCGCUGUCUUUGCCAUGCAUGUGAGGGAGGAGCUUGAGCUGUGGCCAGAACAGAGCACCCGCCACAGGACAUGGGUCACCAUACCGGAAGCUGCGGAGCAAUGUAGACACCCAUGGAUGCGGGAUGCCCUUCUUGAUGGAUUCAUAAAGUGGCACGCCAGUACCAUGGCAACGCCUGAAGAAGAUGUCACGCCAGAAGGAUAAUCCUGCGUCUGAAAGCUUGCUUAAUCAAUCCCCCUUCAUUCUUUUGUCUGAAGAUGAUAACACCAAUCCUGUCUGAGAGUUAUUUUCGCAUUUUGCUAGUUAGUUUUCUUUCCUCAUGCAUAUGCCAUGUGAUAUGCAGUUAGUAGGCUAGCAUCUAAGAACACAAACAUCCUUCAAGGUGUUUGUGGAUGUUUGAUUAGAGUCAUGGAUAUUGAGGGGCUGCUGCCAGUGUUCUUGCUCAUGUAGUAACCACAACGUUACUGCAUGCCCUCGAAUAUGCUCAACUACUUGAGAAAAGAAAUAACACAAUCUUUUCGUAGUUGAA